GGCACACUUGAAGGAAAUUUAAUGCAAGUAUGUAUAAGCAGGUCAGGUCAUUGACACGUACAGAGACGCCUCCAAACUAUUUCAACCAUCUCCCUCAUCUACCAGACCCUCACUAACUAUGUCUCCUCCAACUUCUGGGAAAAGUAAAGAAUCAGGGACUGCCCGGAUUCUAGGGUCUGGUGCAUCUGGUGUCGCCGAGUUACUGGUAUUUCAUCCAGUUGACACAGUAGCAAAACGGCUUAUGAGCAAUAAAGCUAAAGUGUCCUUCUCAUCGCUCUCCCCGAUCGUAUUCCGCGACUACGCUACGGCUUCGUUACCCAAAAAACUUUUGUCUCUCUUCCCCGGUCUUGGGUAUGCAGCAGGGUACAAAGUUUCUCAACGGAUAUACAAGUUCGGUGGGCAGCCAUGGUUCAAUGAGAUCAUUACGCGAAAUUACAAGGACGAAUUCACGCGCGUGUUCGGCGAGAGGAAGGGCAAGAUGAUGAUGCAGGCGACUGCUGGCAGCUUGACUGGUAUUGGUGAAGUUGUCCUACUUCCCUUAGAUGCCCUGAAGAUAAAACGACAAGUCAACCCCGAAGCGUUCCGUGGACGAGGAGUCCUUCGGAUAUUCAUGGAGGAAGGCACCACCCUAUACCGUGGAUGGGGUUGGACCAUGGCGCGUAAUGCGCCAGGCUCCUUUGCGCUCUUCGGCGCGUCGGCGGUUACGAAGGAGUACGCCCUUGGCGUCACUGAUUAUUCCAAAGCCACAUGGACCCAGAACUUCAUUGCAUCUAUCGCAGGAGCUGUUGCGUCGAUCACAAUUGCAGCACCUCUAGACACAGUCAAGACUCGUAUUCAGAAUGCAAACUUCGAGCAGAAGGUGCCUGGCCUGACAGUCGUGAAGGAUCUUAUCCGGAAUGAAGGCCCUACAGCGUUCUUCAAGGGCUUGACUCCAAAAAUUCUUGUCGUUGGGCCGAAGCUGGUCUUCAGUUAUACCCUUGCACAAUCACUAAUACCCCUCUUUGGGAAGUACGUAUGAACGGUGAAACAUAUCCUUUAGUAUAUGAUAUCUUGGUGCUGUUUGGCUUUACUACCGGCGCCUGGCGCCUGGACAUUUACUGCGGCCUUGUUCACUUUGCUACAUAGAUCUAGAAACGACAAACUAACAAUAAUACAUCCUUCUUACAAACAAAAGCCAUCAAGAACGAACGUAAUGGCUCUGCGUUGACCCUCUCAAUGAAUUUGCAGUACCUGCGGCCCCACGUGUGCAGGUUUACUUGGCA